CCAGGACGGCCCAACUUCCUUGACACAGCAAACACUGAAAGGCAAAGUCCACUUGGAUGGAAGUGGGAGCGGAAUGAGAGGGGCCAUUUUGACUGUGGUCAAAGGAAAUGUCUGAUCUGGGAUCCGAGGUACCCAGGGUCUAAGGAUAACUCUAGGGCCAUGACUGCCAUGAUUCUCACAGAUGACUCCAGAUUUCUGCAUUCUAGGCAAUGGCAGGUGCCACUGGACUUACUGUGAGACCGUUUUCUUAGAGGAUGGCCAAGAGACUCCUGAUGACUUACGCCCUCUGGGCUGUAGGGGGCCCUGCUGGUCUCCACCACCUGUACCUGGGACGGGACAGCCAUGCACUGCUCUGGAUGCUUACCCUGGGCGGUGGUGGUCUAGGCUGGCUCUGGGAAUUCUGGAAGCUCCCAAGCUUUGUUGCUCAGGCCAACAGAGCCCAGGAGCAGAGGCAGAGCUCAGGAAGGGGGAUACCCCCUCUAAGUCUCAUUCGCUUUGUUGCCCAGAUGAUAGUGGGCAUCUAUUUUGGCCUUGUGGCUCUCAUUAGCCUUUCCUUCAUGGCCAGCUUCUAUCUUGUGGGCCUCCCACUGGCAGGGAUCUUGCUGGUGGCUGCCAUUGGCAACCAGACAUCAGACUUAAAGAACACUCUAGGGGCCGCAUUUCUUACUUCACCUAUCUUCUAUGGCCGCCCCAUAGCCAUCCUGCCCAUCAGCUUGGCUGCCAGCAUCACAGCCCAGAAACAUCGCCGCUACAAACCGUCAGCUGGGUCAGAGACGCUCAGCGUGCGGCUCUACCGCCUGGGCUUGGCUUACCUUGCUUUCACAGGCCCGUUAGUGUACAGUGCCCUCUGCAACACAGCUGUCCCCCUCAGCUCUGUGGCAGAUACUCUUGGCUCCUUCUUGAGUUGGUUCAGCUUCUUCCCCCUCCUUGGGCGCCUUUUGGAGUCUGUCCUCCUUCUGCCUUUCCGAGCCUGGAAGCUGCUGGUAGGAGAUCAUGGCAUCAGCAGCAGCUACUUCCAAGAGUGGGCGAAGCUUUAUGAGUUUGUUCACAGUUUUCAGGAUGAGAAGCAUCAGCUGGCUCUCCAGGCUUUGGGUCUCUCAGAGGGGGCAACAAAUGAAGAAAUACAUGGCAGAUACCGGGAGCUAGUGAAGACCUGGCACCCUGACCACAAUCGGCACCAGAUGGAGGAAGCUCAGAGGCACUUUCUGGAGAUCCAGGCUGCGUAUGAAGUCCUGAGGCAGCCCAGGAAGCCCAGGGGAUCCUGGAGGUGGGAAGAAACUUCCCUUUGAGGUUGGACUGGCAGAGUUGGAUCUCUUGUCCCAGCACAGCUUUGCCCAGUGAGGCAUCCCAACAGUGUAAAAGAAACUGUCAUUUGCAGUGUGUUCUCAGUUGCUCAGUUUUGUCUGAUGCUUUGUGACCCUAUGGACUGUAGCCUGCCAGGCUUCUCUGUCCAUGGGAUUUCCCAGGCAAGAUUAUUGGAGUGGGUUGCCAUUUCCUUCUCCAAUCACUUGCAGUGGAGAUGAGAAAGCCUUAAAGAGGUGAGAAAACUAUUGUGAUUUUGAAUUUCUGAAUUAUUGGCUAUUGUAGUCCUGACUUUUUUCUUAAUCCACAUAGUGAAAUGAAAGACAUAUUAUAAAACCAAUAAAAUAUCUUUUAGAGACUAGA